AUGGCAGAGAUAAUACCGAGGUCAUCUCAUGCAUCGAUUGUUUCAUCUUCUACAAUUGACCCAUUUACACAAGGUCAGAGUAAUGUCGGUGUGAAAUCCAACUUGAGUCAAGGUAAUGUCGGUGAGAAAUCCAACUUUAGUCGGGGGGAUGCCAGCGUGAAAUCCAGGUUGAGUCGGGGGGAUGCCAGCGUGAAAUCCAGGUUGAGUCGGGGGGAUGCCAGCGUGAAAUCCAGGUUGAGUCGGGGGGAUGCCAGCGUGAAAUCCAGGUUGAGUCGGGGGGAUGCCAGUGAGAAAUCCAACUUGAGUCAAGAUAAUGCCGGUGACAAAUCCAACUUGAGUCAAGGCAUGGCUACUCAAAUUGGAUCAGAAACUAUCUCCAACCCUCAAUCAAACGUGGUAAAUCCUUUCCAAGUGAUAUACACCGAUCCCAAUGCACCAGCCACUUUUGCAGAUACUUCUGCUACGAUUGCUGCAGACGCGGCUCAGAAACGAGAUAAGCUUGGUGGAAAUGGAACCAACCGAAAUCAGCAAUGGCACAAUCCACGGCGGUAUGAGUCAAUAGCGCAAACUAUAGAAACAAAAAAGGGUACUGUGUUGCCAACAAGGGAGCCUACUGAUCAACAACAAUGCCCUAUAGUCACAUUAAUUGACUCCUCUUCUUUACAAAGAACAGGAUCUAUGGUAUCGCGACUGGCCACUUUGAGAAACAGAGGUCGUAUAAGACUGAGGAACAGGACCAUUAAGAGACCGCAUCUGGUGAAACAACAACAACAACAACAACAACAACAACAACAACAACAACAACAGCAGCAGCAGCAGCAGCAGCAGCAGCUACUACUGCAUGAGGCGGCGGACCAGGACCAGCAGCAACCCGGUGCAAAACAAUCAAAGUCCUGGUGGCCAAAAUUUGUUUUCCCUAUCUUAAGAAAGAAGUCACUAAAAUAUAGUGCUGUUUGUUCAUCCCCACAAUCCGCCAAUUUCACAUCACGACAAAAGCUAGACGCUUUUCUAGCACUAACGAAUUACGGAACUCUAAUCAAUUCAGUUUUGCCAAAAACCUCAAAGUACUGGUAUUAUACACAACUACUUAAUCCGCACCCAAAACUACAAUUCAAAAUAGGGGAAACACCCGGUACUCUGCAACCACUCGAUAUUCACCGCUAUCCCCGAUAUGCAAAAUCUCAUUCAAUCCAAAUAAUGGAUAUCUUUUAUGAAAACUAUAGAAAAAAGGCAUUUCACGAAUCGCAAAAGGCAAACUUGAAGACACCUCCUAAAUUCCAAGCCCUAUAUCCUCGCGACUGUCUGCUUUUGAAAAAACGAGAUAUCAAUCAAAUGAAUGUAAAGCUAUUAUUGGAAAUACUUUUGAGGAGAACCGUUGCUGCUAAGAUAGAAUAUCGGUUGAAACAAAACGGGUAUGAAUUGGGGAAUGGCCAAGAAGCAAGUAGUUCUCACUCGGAAUCUUACCAUUCUCAUUCAACAAUAUCUUCACUGUCUUCUUCAUAUACUAGCUCUACAUUUUCAUCAAGAAAUGACCAUGAGGAAAAAAGGAAACUUGAAAAAAAGUCAAACUAUGAGGGGAAUCCACUACAAACUUCACUUGCCCCACUUAGUAAAGACGAUCUAGUUCUUCAAAACCCCGGUAUUUAUAAAGACAUUUCAAAAGAAUAUUAUAAUCCUUAUCAGCAUCUUCUCCUUCAUCUUAGUUUAAGUGCCACACCAGCAAAUUUUCAAAAAUCAAUAGAGGAAAAUGCAAAGGCAAAAGCAUCACUAAUGGCAUCUCCAAGAAACGCAAUUUCACCUAAUCUAUACUAUCUUAUUCCACAAAAACGACCAAAUUCAUUAGUAACCGAAAUCACUUCAUGCACAUCUACUUUCACCUCCACAGCCACCACCACAGCCAUGUCAGCACGCUUGCAAGGUUCGACUAACAGUUAUAUUUCAAACAAUUCGGUUGUGAAAGAAUUAGAAUCCUUGAUGAUAAAUCAAACUAAUGAUUCCACAACUAAGUAA